AUGAAUCAAACCGAAGCGGCGUUGGAGAAGACGGCCGCCCAUCAUGUGGAGGACGUCUUGGGAAUUGGUGCAGUGAGUGAAGCCAGACAGGCGAUGGCGGAAGAGCGUGAGCAGAGUCUGUGGCAAGCUCUGCGAGACAAUCGCAAGGCAGUCGUUUGGUCCGUUUUGAUCUCCAUGUCCAUCAUUAUGGAGGGAUAUGAUACCAUCUUAAUGGGGAACUUCUUCGCCUAUCCUCGUUUCCAGGAGAAGUACGGUCAAUACACUGGAGAGGAGCAUGGCUGGCAAGUAUCUGCUCCUUGGCAGACUGGAUUGAGCAUGGCGAGUACGGUCGGUUGCAUCUUUGGUGGUAUUCUCAACGGUUAUUUUGCCAGCAAAUACGGCUAUCGUAUCAUCAUGAUAAUCGCAUUGGGCUUUUUAACGGCGUUCAUCUUCGUCGUCUUCUUUGCCAAUUCGGUUGCAGUCUUGCUUGUCGGUCAAAUUCUCUGUGGUCUCUCAUGGGGAGUCUUCGCGACAGUCGGACCAGCCUACGCCUCUGAGGUCUGCCCGACCAGCCUGCGUGGCUAUCUCACUGUCUACGUGAACAUGUGUUGGGCCAUUGGUCAGCUUAUUGCCUCCGGAGUCUUGUAUGGUCUUGUCCGUCGCCCGGAUCAGUGGUCCUAUCGUAUUCCCUUCGCCUUGCAGUGGAUUUGGCCGGUACCGUUGAUGGUGGUCUGCUGGCUUGCCCCCGAAAGUCCCUGGUUCCUGGUGCGGAAGGAUCGGCUAGAGGACGCCAAGCAUAGCCUUCGUCGUCUGGGAGGUGGCAAGACCGAAGAUCAGAUCAAUGGGCAGUUGGCGAUGCUUGUCCACACAACCAAGCUCGAGGCAGAGAUUGAGGCUGGCACCACAUACCGGGAUUGUUUCCAGGGAGUUGAUCUGCGUCGCACGGAGAUUUGCUGCAUGACUUUCAUGGGCCAGAUCCUGUCCGGUAGUACUUUUGCCUACUCCCCAGCUUAUUUCUUCGAGCAAGCCGGCAUGGACCCUGGUAAGGCGUUCCAACUUGGUGUCGGCUGCACCGGGGUGGCAUUCGUCGGCACUGCACUCUCCUGGUGGCUGAUCACCUACUUUGGUCGCCGGACUCUCUAUGUCUCGGGCCAGGGCAUUCUGUGCAUUUUCUUGUUCCUCAUCGCAAUCAUCAACUCAACCGCCCACACGAGCGGUGGCAUGUGGGCUCAGGCCUCGUUUUGUUUCCUGUGGCUCUUUGUUUACUCCCUGACCGUGGGCCCAAUCGCAUAUGCCAUUGUCUCGGAAAUCUCCUCGGUACGACUGCGACCUCUGACCGUUGCCCUUGCGCGUACCGCGUACCAGAUCAUCAACGUGGUGUCGCAGGUUCUCGAACCCUAUUUCAUGAACCCCACCGCGUGGAACGCAUCUGGUAAGACCGGCUUCUUUUGGGGUGCCACUGCUCUGUUGGCAUUUGUCUGGGCCUUUUUCCGUCUUCCCGAGCCCAAGGACCGAACGUAUGCAGAGCUGGACAUCCUGUUUGCUACCAAGACGUCUGCGCGCAAGUUUGCAAGCACAAAGAUUGAUCCGUAUGCGAUUGGAGAGUCCGCUUCGCAGACGGGCCUGGUGCAGCGUGAGGCUGCGCAGGAAGUGGAAGUGAAAGAGUGA